CGGGAAUUUUGAUCGUGUUGUUGUUUAUGUCGAAUCACAAACCCAUCAGAAGCAUGCCACUAUGAUUCAGUAAUGUCGAUUUGAGUGCUGUUGUGAACAUCCUCUCACUGAAGAGGAUGCAGUGAACUCCAGUUCAUCAUCUCAUGUCGGAGGAUAGACACCCACAUUUGUGUACAGUGGUGUACAGAUUAGCACACAUUCAAUAUGGCAGCUAUUGGCCAGGGUUAUCUACCUUACUUUGAAUCCAAAUAUUAUGAUAAGAUGGGUAUCUUCACUAAAAAUGAAGAAGAUAAUGACACAGAAGAUUUUGAUCCAGUUGAAGAUAUUUGUGACGAAAGAAUUCAAGACUUGAGCAGUUCAGAAAUAAAAAAAAUAGGGAAGGGAGCAAUGUUAAUGGAACCCAGUACCCCGAGAGCUGUAACAGGAACACUUUACAAUCCAAAUGGCAAAAAACGAUGGAGUGUAAAGGCCCGACUUCAUCUUGACAACCCCUGGUGGAUAGUGCGCUUACUGAGGACUGACACUUAUAAAGGUUACGUAGUACCAACAGGUCAAAACGCUGUGUCCUAUCGACUCAUCACAGAUCAUCAUCUCGUCAAACAGCAUAAAAUGGUGGAGAUACUGCUCACUGAUCGCUGUUCAGAUAACAGGGCAGCCUUGGACAAGUUUGAACAGUUUGUACAAAUGAGAAACGAGGAGCUGCGACUGGAUGUGACACACUUGUUGGACCUGCUACAGAAGUUUGAGGAUUACCUACCAGAUGAUGACAAAGGGAUCGUCUCUCAGAUCACAAAGAGGCUCACAGGAUUUGAUGGGAAGAUGAUAAAGAGAGCACAGGAAUUCCCAGAGCUGUUCCGUUAUCUCCCUCAACUGGUACCUCAUCACUUCCUGUCCCUCAUAAACACGGGCCAGGUGACAAUCCUUGAGAGGCUGGAUUUCGCCUUGAAGGAAGAACCUUGGGUGUUUGCAUUCAAGCGGAUUCUGGUGAAGGAGUACAAUGUGAUGGGGGUUGAGGUGAGUCAGGAGGUACUCAGAAAGUGUGGUAUCUUAUCAAAAAUACCAAAACUAUACCGGGAAGCCAUUGAAUUGUACACUUAUGUGAAGAAUGAAACAAAUGCACAUGGCCAUACCUGUCUACAGCUUAACUCUAUAUACCAUGACAAAAGGCUUGAAAAGCUCAACAAGGUGAGAGAACAGACAGCUGCUCUGCAGUAUCUGUACGAUAAAGAGAUACUCGUAAAGGAGAGAAUGGGAGGUAAAGUGUGGACAUUUCCUUACGACCUGUGGAAGAGUGAGGUGAACAUCGCAAAAGGCCUGAACCACCUGUUCCAGCAACACAUAAACAAACCAGAGAUAUUGGACAUCGACAUCAGAAACAAUCCAGAGUUUGAAAACAUAAGUAAAGACAAGGAUCAGAUGAAGGCUGCUGAGUUUAUCAAGAAUUAUCCUGUGGUUGUCAUAUCUGGGAAGGGAGGGUGUGGCAAAACAACGGUUGUGACCAAGGUGAUGUCAGAAACUUACAAAGCUUCCAGUUCCAAAGAAAUCAGUGAAAAUCUGAUAGUUCUGUACACUGCUCCGACGGGAAAGGCUGCUAAACUGUUAGGACGUAAAGCAGGCACAGAUGGAUAUACGCUACAUCAGAUCAUUUAUAGUUACCGUGGUUAUUUGAAACAGAAGCCUGAGUCUCCCUGGAAGUUCUCCAGUACUGAGGUGCUCAUUGUUGAUGAAUGUAGCAUGGUCCCUGUCCACAUCUUUGCAACUUUAUUGGACAUUCUCCAGAGAAAUUCUAAUCUGAAGCGAGUUGUUUUCCUUGGGGAUAUACGACAACUACCUUCUGUCCAACCAGGAAAUUUCCUGGCUGACAUUUUUAAACCUUUCGAGUGGAAACCUGGCUGUAGUGUUGAGCUCAGAACCAACCACAGGGCAGAGUCAGAAUUAAUUGUCAAAAAUGCUACAAAAAUUUCUUCAAGGAAGAUGCCACAAUUUGAUGACCGGAGUAAUUACAGAUUACAUCCAGUUUUGGCCAAUAAACAAAACCCUGACCAGGAGGAAUAUGAAAAUGAAAAUUUCAGAAAAGUUUUAGAAGAAAUGCUGAGGUCACAAGACAACAUGAAAGAUCACACCACCUCCCAUAUCAUCGCCUUUAGAAGAAACAUGUGUAAAGUGAUCAACCAGUUGGCGAUGGAAUUCUACAACCCCGAUCCCGUAGAAGGAAGAUCGAGGGAGAUUAACAAAUUUAGAAUUGGAGAUAAAGUUGGACUGUACAAGAAUGGAUGGGUUAACAUAUUUAAGUGGGAGGAUGGUAGGCCAGGAUCUGUCCGCCCUGUGUUUGUGGAGGACAAUGAUGACAACCUGAUACAGCCCACCCAGCUUCCAGCAGGGAUAGAGACACCCUGCAAGAUCGGCACAGCCCAAGUUUUACCGUACGAAAAGGAGCUGUCUGUGUGUCACAGUCAAGAACAAGAGCUGCUGCAGGGGCGGGACCAUUCCACGGGGUCACUGUCACAGAGUGGUGAAAAAGAACAGCUUCAAAAGAAGUUGAGGCUUUGCAAUGGAGAGAUAUAUUUCAUCAAAGAUGAUUAUGAACAAGAUGAAGAAGUUAAGAAUGGUGCACAUCGGCAGAGACGUUACCUGAAGCUGUCCGAUGAGGACCCUGACUCACCGACCGAAUUCUAUGCCCUGUACUCACAGCUAAUGAGGGAAUGCAAGAUGACACAGGCCUGGGCCAAAACCAUACACACAUUCCAGGGCUCCGAGUGUGACACUAUCACCUUUGUAGUGGGAAACUGUAAGAAUCAGAACUGGUCACAUGUGUACACUGCAGUCACCAGGGGGCGCAGUUCAGUCAACAUUGUCGGCCAGGAGGCAUGUCUGCAAAUGUCAGUCAAAAAAGACCCAAUCCAUAGGAUGACAGGACUCUCCCAUCAGCUAAAUAAUAUCAUAUCUGCUAAUCUCAGAGAUGAACUGUUUAAGAUUGCUCGGAAUGGGGGAUCACCGGCAAAAUCCAAGGUACAGGGGAUGUUGAUAAAUGAUUCUUUUCCUAAUUUGGAUGGUACUGAAAACCGUUUGACAUAUGACAGAUCGUCUGUGUCAGCCCCCUACUUAAGUGGACAUACUACACCCACGAAGAGUAGCAGAACGCCAUCUCUCACUGGAUACCUAACCAACCACAACGGUGACUCUGGAAGGUCAAGGUCGGAAUGUUACCAAGGUUCCUCAGGGUCAUCAAAUCAUCACAUAUUCAAAGGUCAAGGAUCUGAAAGAUACACACAUUUUACGUCACAUAACCCGUCGAUACAGUCACCAGCAAAGUCUAGACUAUUCACGGAGACAGCAUCAAAUGUGGCUACUCCGUCUGGAUGUCAUUGUCAUGACACCAAAGCAUGUAUUUGUGGAGUCACACCAAUUUCCUUGGUGUCUACAAAGCGACAGGUUGAUGCUUCACCAGGCGAUGCUGAAGGAGAUGGUGAGACAUGUUUAUACGACAGUCAGUGGUCAGAUGUAAGCAACACGGAUGAUCUGUUCACAUCCGAGGACCAGAUACUGCAGCACAUCGGAGAGGAUUCCGAUGGCGACUCGGACGAGACUGUUGAUAUGUCGGGUGAACACUUUCAUCAGUCAGAUGAGGAAUUUUUCACCGAUAUUAAACCAGUAUCUGAAUGCAUGCUCAUGUCCUCAGCAUCCAGGUUGUCUGUCUCAGCUUCACUGUCGUCCCUAAGUGCACCUCUGAGAAUAGGGCAAAACCUGAUGAACCCCUCCCCAAAACGGCCUGCUGAAGCCGACGACAGUCUGGACAGUGUCACACCAGCUAAACAGAUGUAUUCCGCUACCUUGCAUACAGGCAUGACACCAGUAUUUAAGAAACUGAAGUUCUAGGUUACAUCACUCGAUAUUUAGUUUAAAAGUGGUCAACAAUCUGCCAAAAGUUCACCAUGUGAUGACAUCUCUGUAUGUGUUAUGCGUUAACUUUUAGAGGAUGGAACGUUUUUGUAAAAUAACAGACCUACUUUGAACAUGAACAAAUCUGGACUGUUUUGGAAGAUGAUGUGUACUUCCUAAGCUUAUUUUCUCAUUAAGGUAAAGAGGCCUUGUACAGGAACAGAACAUUGUAGUUAAAGAUUUUAUUGUACAUGCAAACUCACAAGCUGCAAGUCACAAUAGGUUGUGGUAGUUAAGAAUUAUGUAGGUUGAUAUUCUCUUAUUAAAUUGAUAGAUUAAGUGGAAAAUGGGAUGUAAUGUUUUUGUCCGCAACAUUGUGUUGUCUCGGACAGUCUGACAUUCCUGUUUAAUAUUGGUUGAUAUUUAUGUGUGAUCACCAUAUUUUGAUUUUCACAGAAUGUACAAUACAAGACGUUAUACUCCACAUCUCCACAAAAUAAUGAGGGAGACCUUUUGUUCAGAUUAUUUGACCCCGUGAUAACUCAACUUCUAGGCAAGGUUAUUAUAUCAAUGCUCUUAGCUGGACAUUUAAUGUGCCAGAAUAUGUUUCUUGUGAAAAUAUUGAUAUUUUUGAAAAAUUAAAAGGGACAGAUGUAGAUUAUUGAUGCUUAGGACUCCUUCCUAAAUGUUCACAUGAAGCAUUUGUUAUAUUUGCUGUUGAAAGUAUAUGUGUAAAGAAACUUGAGAAAAAAUGUAAAACUUUGGAUAUGAUCAUAUCUGAAGUAGACAAGAACUGUUUUUUGUAAUUUGAUGGUGUAUGAGGUAGCAAAUGCAUUGAAAUUUUACCGUAUAGCCAUGUGUUCAUUAAAAGCAUUACUAUUUUACAUGCAAUUUAUCAGUGCAAUGUUUAAAUUUCUUUUAAUGUAUGAAUGUGUAGUUAUUGUGAAUAAAAAUUUUAAACGUUUAGUUUUUUCCUUUUUUUGUACUUGCAAAAUUUUUAUGUACAAUUUCCAUGUUGAGGAUGAAUUUAGUUUCACAGGAGGUAAAUAUCAACGGUGCUCUAGGAUCAUCAGCAUCCGCAGUGUUUGCAAGAAAGAAUCAUGUAAGAUUUUACCAAGCAUUUGCUACUAAUUUCUGCAGUACAUGUAUAUAUCUAAUAUAUGUAAAAGGUGUUCAUGAUCAUGUAGAUGUACAAUUAUUGAGUUAAAUGAUUUUUUACAUUCCCAACCUAAAUUGAUUGAAACAGUAUACACUUCAUAAACAAUACACAGUAAGGUCUAUGAAGCAU